AAUGGAUUGUUUGUGAAAUUACGUAUUCGACCUUAGGGAGUAUUCUUCGUUACAUUUUUCUUUUAUUUGACCGUGCGCACCUCCUACGCUCCCCUGUCGGACCGGACGGCGGCGACGGCGUUGCAGAUCGGCAUGUGCAGGGACCCGAUGCCCGUUCUCCAACAGUUCAGCUCGCGUCAUUUCGCGCUCUUGGUUUCCUGAAUUUGAUCGAUCCCUCUUUCGUCUCUCCGUCGUGACAGCGAGGAACGAUCCCACAUGGUCAGCUAAAGGGCACUUAUGGGAAAUAAGUUUCAAUCUUGAAGUGGCAAAAGGAAGCACACGCCACUCCAAUUAUGGCUUUUGGGUCUGUUGUAGCUGCUCUUACUGCUCUCGUUCUUCUGAUAUUGAUCCGCUUUCUAUACAUCCUACGUUGGAGUGGAAAACCGCUCCAUGGGAAAUCUCGGAGAACCUAUAGUACCCUCAUUGUUUUAGGCUCAGGUGGUCACACUGCCGAGAUGUUGAAUCUCUUGUCUGUGUUGCAGAAAGAUAGGUUUACACCGAGAUUCUACAUUGCGGCUGCCACUGACAAUAUGAGUCUUCAAAAAGCUCGCGUGAUGGAGGACUCCCUGAUUGAUGUGGCAGGGGUCAAGGUAGAGGAAACUGCAAAGUAUUUGCAGAUAUACCGGAGCAGAGAAGUUGGUCAAUCAUAUGUUACUUCUGUUUGGACGACAUUAGUUGCCACAGCUCAUGCACUAUACCUCAUGAUUCUACUCAGACCAGAAGUUAUCCUCUGUAAUGGCCCCGGGACAUGCAUUCCACUCUGUGCAAUUGCCUUCUUAUUUAAGGUUCUGGGAAUCAGAUGGUCGUCUAUAUUUUACAUGGAGAGCAUAGCUAGGGUGAAAAGACUGUCUCUAAGUGGAUUGCUUCUCUACAAAUUACAAGUUGCUGAUCAGUUUUUCGUGCAAUGGCCAGAGCUGCAGAGAAAGUACCCUCGGGCUGAGUAUGUUGGUUGUCUUAUGUAGGUGAUUAAGAUUGUGUCUUACACAGAGAGAAUCAUAUGUCUAAUCCAUAGCAACAAUCAUGAGGUGGCAGCAGCGUAAUUACAGACUUAUUAACAGUAUUCGUGCUCUGUAAUAAGAUAGGCUGAAUAGAUUUUAUCAGAACGUGCACAGCAAGCAUAUUUGGUAGUUCUUGCUUCCAAGAGGAUGUAUUCGGCUAGGCUCGAGUAUGUCAUUAGAAGAGGAUAUGGUAAUUAUCUGAGCAGUGUAAAGGCUGAAGUACAUAAUCAUCGACAUGUUGUGUGGAUGUAGUGAACACUGCCUCUGAAUUUAUUUGAAUAUUGCAUGCUGGUUUAGGGGGAAAGAUGGGCAGCAUUUGUUGCAAUCCGACCCAAAUCA